UAGCAAUCGGCAUCUGACAUUACAGCUCGCCCUUUGGGACUGCGGAUAAUCGGCCGCUCUAACGUGCAGCCGAACAACCCUAUGUUUACGCGUCUAAUGUUUUUACGUUUCUUACGCUAUUAAGAGUUCAAUAAUGAAGAAUUCCCGCUGUUCGUAAGAGUGCAUCGGACACUUGCCAGCACGCUGAGCUGUGAAGUCAAGGCACAUUGUUGACUAGCUGUGUCACACCGAGAUGACCAAAGAGGAGGACAUCCCAGACUGGGUGGGAGCCCAGGAGUUCUACGACAAAUAUGAUCCCAAGGAGAUUCUGGGAAGGGGGGUGAGCAGUGUGGUGCGCCGGUGUGUCGACAAACUCAGCGCUCAGGAGUACGCCGUGAAGAUCAUCGACAUCACCCCUUCGGACCAGCUGACCGGGCAGGAGAUCGAGGAGAUCCGGUCUGCCACUGAGAAAGAGAUCGCCAUCUUGAAGAUGGUCUGCGGGCAGGAGAACAUCAUUCAGCUCAAAGAUUGCUAUGAGUCCAACGCCUUCUUCUUCCUGGUGUUUGACCUGAUGAAGAGGGGUGAACUUUUUGACUACCUCACUGAAAAGGUUACCCUCAGUGAGAAGGAAACCAGGAAUAUCAUGCGUGCUCUGCUGGAAGUGGUCCAGUUUCUCCACUCCCAGAAUAUUGUCCAUAGGGAUCUGAAGCCUGAGAACAUCCUGCUGGAUGACCAGAUGAAAAUCAAACUCACCGACUUCGGUUUUUCUAUACAGACCGAGCCAGGACAGAAGCUUUCCGAGGUGUGUGGGACCCCCGGGUACCUGGCCCCCGAGAUCAUCGAGUGCUCCAUGAACGCCACUCCUGUGGGAUAUGAUACAGCUGUGGACAUAUGGAGUUCAGGUGUCAUUAUGUACACUCUGCUGGCGGGCUCUCCUCCUUUCUGGCACCGGAAACAGAUGCUGAUGCUGCGCAUGAUCCUGGGUGGGAAGUAUGACUUCUCCUCUCCCGAAUGGGAGGAUCGCUCGGACACCGUCAAGGACUUGAUCUCCCGCAUGCUGGUGGUCGAUCCAAAGCAGAGAUACACAGCCAGAGAUGCCCUCAACCACCCUUUCUUCUCCCAAUACGUGGUGGCCGAAGUACGACAGUUUACCCCUUACAGACGGUUCAAGGUCAUUUGCAUGACUGUCCUAGCCACAAUGCGGAUCUACUGCAAUUACCGCCGCGCCAAGCCCGUUACCAAGGAGGUUAUCAAGAGUGACCCGUACGCAGUCAAGCCCAUCCGCAAGCUCAUCGAUGCUUGUGCUUUCAAGAUCUACGGUCAUUGGGUUAAGAAGGGCCAGGCUCAGAACAGAGCCGCUCUUUUUGAAAACAGUCCCAAGGUCAUCCUGCUUUCCCUCGCUGCAGAAGCCGAUGACUCAACCCUCCACACCUGGUAGUGAAGUACGGCUGUUACUCAGGAACUGCUUUGAGGGGAUUAUGUGGGGACACAUCCCCACUCAGGAACACUAGGCGUUACCAGUGGCUAGCUCGGUAAAGAGGGCGUGCUCUUGAUAUUCAAGUAUGGAGCAGAAUACAAGGUAAUGCAGUUGGAAGUUAACCAAAAAUGUUAAGUAAAAUGCAUGGAUAUACUCAGUGUAUGAGGGCACAUACCACACUAGUUAAUGGCAAUUAUCAGUCUGCUAGUAUCAAGGGUUUAGCGAAGAUGUUCAGUCUUUCCUUUCGACGGUUAAGUACAGGAGUUUUAUUUUCAAUGAUCCCACCUGCAUACUUGAAAUCAUGUUUAGAGGCCACCCAUAUGGAUAUGUACAAUGUCAAACUUUACAUUAUAUAAGUUGACAAUUCAAUAAACAUGACUAUUUUUGAUCCAUC